AUGCACGAGCAGCCCACCCAGCUGGUGCGCGGCGAAACGACGUUCUCAGAGCCCUGCGAGCACAGCUAUCUGAUGCGCGCCCUCCACACUCAGUGGACAUUCAUUCCCAGCGGGGCCGGAUUCGCGAUGCAGUCCGGAACGGUGACGGGCGACGGACAACCGCUGUACCUCACCAUCGAGGGUCCUGCGGUGGCCGCCGCCGCUAUAGUCGUAAAGCCAUAUCCGGUCUCCUGGGAUGUCCGGCGAUGCGAAACAGAUGCAACUGGGAGGGUAGGGUACCGGGUGUACUGGCCCGGCACGAAUCUGCUCGUCACUCUGGCGAAACAACAAGGAAGCAAGGGAGGAAUGCUGGUCCAGCUUGCACAAGGUGAUGACGGCGAGCACGAGGUUUGGCGUGCUGUUCUUCCUUGA